UGGACCGUUGACGGUUGAGCGAGCACGUCUUCGCACUUCCUUUCCCUCUCCCCUCCCUCUUUGCUGAAUUUCCAUCCUCCUCGUGUGCAUCUCCACUUUCCUGUUGAUCGCUUCAACACUGCCAGCUCUUAUUUUAACACCAAACAAGUUUACAAAUUCUUCAUCAUCAUCGCCGCCACCAUCUUCUUCUUCCCAAUAACAAUUCAGCGCUCUCAUCGAUCCCACCCACUACCUGCUCCUCAAUACUACUUGCGUUCUUGCUGCAACAGUAGCCCCGCGGUUCAGAAAACCAAGAACGUGAGAAGGGGGACGCACUUUCCUUCUCCUGACGCCAAGAUCGGUCAGCCAAGAUAAAGAGAUUCCCUGCCGGUGCAGAUUCGGUUGAAGUAGGGAAACUCGGCGAGGCGAUUUCACCCGAGAAGAUGUCUCGGGGCUACGGGGAGAUGGGGCAGAAAGUCGACUACGUCUUCAAGGUGGUGCUCAUCGGCGACUCCGCCGUCGGCAAGUCGCAGCUGCUCGCGCGGUUCGCGCGCAACGAGUUCAGCCUCGAUUCCAAGGCCACCAUCGGCGUCGAGUUCCAGACCAAGACCCUGCACAUCGACAACCGGACCGUCAAGGCACAGAUCUGGGACACCGCCGGACAAGAAAGGUACCGAGCAGUAACAAGUGCUUACUACAGAGGCGCAGUAGGAGCGAUGCUAGUAUAUGACAUGACCAAGCGCCAGUCCUUUGAUCAUAUGGCAAGGUGGCUUGAGGAAUUGCGAAGCCAUGCUGACAAGAACAUCAUGAUCAUGCUAAUUGGGAACAAAUCAGAUCUUGGCACACUACGGGCUGUACCGACCGAGGAUGCGAAGGAGUUUGCUGAACGCGAGAGCCUCUUCUUCAUGGAGACCUCGGCUCUUGAGGCCACCAAUGUCGAAAAUGCUUUCACGACUGCUCUAACAGAGAUAUACCGCACCGUCAGCAAGAAAAACCUUGUUGCGAACGACGAGUCGAAUUCUAGCGGAAACGCGAGUUUGCUGAAAGGAACUAAAGUUAUCAUCCCUGGUCAGGAGGCAGCCCCUGCAGCCAAGGCCACAUGUUGUAUGUCCUCGUAGACAUAGCAUCAUAUAUACUAUGGUGUUUCUGGCAAUUAAAUGUUUCCAUGUAGUCCCACUGUAUCUACACAUUGAAUAGCUGGGAUUCUUGGGAGGAGGGACGAAAGGUCCAUAUCAAUAGUUAACUCACAUACAUUGUAAUUUUCUUGAUAACUACUUUUUAAUCUAAUUAUAUGGCGGUGUGUAGUCAUUAAAAACA